UGCAAUCUUUACUUCCCUUCUUUCUGACUCUCUGCCCUCUCUGUCCGGUUGCCAGAGGUGGUUUCCUGCAACAUGGUACAAUCGAAGAAGUUCAGAGGAGUCAGGCAACGCCACUGGGGCUCCUGGGUCUCCGAGAUACGCCACCCGCUCCUGAAGAGAAGGGUGUGGCUUGGCACGUUCGAGACGGCCGAGGAGGCCGCGCGGGCCUACGACGAGGCUGCAGUGCUGAUGAGCGGCCGCAAUGCCAAGACCAACUUUCCGGUUUCCAAAACCCCGGCCAGGGAUGCCGGCCCAAUUAAUGAGAACGGUCGCACCACCUCCACUGCAGGCUUGUCGGAGGUCCUCAGCGCGAAGCUCCGCCGGUGCUGCAAGACGCCAUCCCCGUCCCUCACCUGCCUCCGGCUCGACACCGAAAAGUCCCACAUCGGGGUGUGGCAGAAGCGGGCCGGCGCCCGUGCCGAUUCCAACUGGGUCAUGACCGUGAAGCUCGGCAAGGCGGAGCAGCAGGAGUCGAGGAGCAACGUGGAGGGGGAGGUGGCGCCGCCCUCGCCGGUGGUGGAGGGGACAACGACGCAGGGGAUGGAUGAAGAGGACAGGAUCGCACUGCAGAUGAUAGAGGAGCUCCUCAACAGAAGCAACUGUCCAGCGUCUCCUUCACAUGGAGAUGGAGUGUUACAGAGUGAAGGCGGCUUUCUACUGUAGUCCACAUCACAGCUGACGGAUUUGGCAGGCUUUGUUUGUGUGUUGGUCGGUUGGUUCGUGUAGUGCUUAAUUCUGAGUUGGGUUUGCAAAUUGAAACCUAUAUGCAUGCUGCGCGCAUACAUGCGGAUGACCGAUAAUAUAUAUGUGGCUUAUAUAUCUUUCUGUGUUAAUUUCCAAUUAAGGUCACCAAGUAGCUAGCUAGUCUCCCUUCAACACGUGAAGGCUUGGGGUAUGUAUAUGUCACUGUAAGCGCCCACAUGAAAAAGGAAAUAAAGAGCUAAAAUAUUCAAAG